AUGCAGUCGACCUUCCUGCGCGCCAGAGCGCAGCCGCUCUCGCGGUUUGCAUCCCGCAUCCCGAGCUCGACUUCGCGUGCUAUGGGCACUUAUGCCAACUUCAAGGUGCCCCAGAUCAACAACGAACCGAACCAGCACUACGCGCCCGGUACUGCUAGCCGCAAAGGUUUGGAGGAGGCGCUCGCCAAGUACAAGCAGCAGGCUCCAUUGAACGUCCCUUUGGUCGUGGCGGGCAAGGAGAUUAAAAGCUCCCAGACUCUCACACAGAGCAACCCCGCCUCGCACGCCGCUGUCGCUACCUACUCCAAUGCGUCCAAGUCUGAUGUCGAGGACGCCAUCGCCUCUGCUUUGGCUGCCCGCAAGUCCUGGGCCGCCACUCCCUUCGCCGAGCGCGCCAGCAUCUUCCUGAAGGCCGCCGAUCUGAUCGCGACCAAGUACCGCUAUGAUAUUAUGGCUCUGACCAUGCACGGCCAGGGUAAGAAUGCCUGGCAGGCGGAGAUUGACUCUGCAGCUGAGCUGGUCGACUUCUUCCGCUUCGGUGUUAAAUACGCCGAGGAGGUCUACUCUCAGCAGCCCGUUCACCACUCUCCUGGUGUCUGGAACCGCCUCGAGUACCGCCCUCUUGAGGGCUUCGUCUUCGCCAUCAGCCCCUUCAACUUCACAGCCAUCGGUGGUAACCUGGCUGGCGCUCCAGCUUUGAUGGGUAACGUCGUUAUCUGGAAGCCUUCACCCUCGGCCAUUGCCUCCAACUGGCUUGUGCACCAGAUUCUUCUCGAGGCCGGUCUUCCCAAGGAUGUCAUCCAGUUCGUGCCCGGUGAGGCCGAGGAGGUUACCAGCGCUGUUCUGGCUCACAAGGAAUUCGCUGCUUUGCACUUCACUGGCAGCACUGACGUCUUCCGUAGCCUCUAUGGCAAGAUCUCCCAGGGUGUCGCCGAUGGCAAGUACCGCAGCUACCCUCGCAUCGUGGGCGAGACUGGUGGCAAGAACUUCCACCUGGUCCACAAGUCUGCCGAUGUCCGUAACGCCGUCGUUCAGACCGUUCGUGGCGCCUUCGAGUUCCAGGGUCAGAAGUGCAGUGCCACUUCCCGCGCCUACGUCGCGUCUUCCAUCGCCGAUGAGUUUGCUCAGGGAGUAGCUGCCGAGGUGGAGAAGCUCCAGAUGGGUGAGCCUUCUGAGUUCACCAACUUCUGCGGCCCCGUGAUCCACGAGGGCUCUUUCAACAAGCUCGCUGGAGUCAUUGAUGCCGCUAAGAACGACCCCGAGCUUGAGCUGCUCGCUGGUGGCUCUUACGACUCCUCCAAGGGAUGGUACAUUAAGCCUACCGUCUACCGCACCUCCAACCCCGACCACCCUCUUCUGUCACGCGAGCUCUUCGGUCCCAUCCUCGUGAUUCACUCCUACAACGACGCGACUGAGGCUGACUUUGUCAAGAUCUGCGAGAAGAUUGAUACCACCGGCACCUAUGGCCUGACCGGUUCUGUCUUCGCUCAGGACCGCGAGGCCGUCCAGAUUGCCGACGAGCACCUCCGCAACGCUGCUGGUAACUUCUACAUCAACUGCAAGAGCACUGGUGCCGUUGUCGGCCAGCAGCCCUUCGGUGGUGCUCGCGCCAGUGGCACCAACGACAAGGCGGGCAGUGCCAACCUGCUGUCGCGCUUCGUCAGCUUGCGCUCAAUCAAGGAGGAGUUUGUUCCCACCUACACCGUUGCCUACCCCAGCAACGCCAACUAG